CAUCAGUAUGCGCCGCCGGUACUGUCUGGGUUUGGGGCCUUGGGAAGGUGUUGCCUUUCAGCUGAAGCUGGGAACCCGUGAGCGGCAACCCAAGGUAGAGAGGCAGUGACGAACCGAUAUAUCACAUAUACAUUUAGCGUUUUCGUUUGUAGCGCCUAUUUCGAUUUUUUUUUUGGAAGGGGUUGCUCCUCCAAUUUGGUUGUACUUCAGUCCCACUCUCCUGAUCAACAGAAGCCUCAUGUGGGUCACCAGCUGGGCCUGUCUAAAGCGGCCGUGAAUAGGUCAAGCCUGCCGGCGCGUGAAGGUGGUUGUUGUGCCUGACUGACUACCACUCUUGCUCCGAUACUCUGGACUCGUGUGUCCGUGGAGAGGGUACAUGCGUCGCCUGCUGGCACCAUAGAGGCCUUCAGACGCACUACAGAGGCUGGGGAUGCAAUCAUCUAUAGGUGUUUGUAGAGAGGCAUAAGAUGGAGUCUUUAACUACACCAUUGGCUUUGGGGAUUUUGACUGGAGUUGGAUGUGGAUUGUGCCUGGGUUGGAUGGUGCGAGGACGAUUUGUUGGAUCCUUAAAACCUCUGCCGAAAGUGCGAAAUGCAGGGAUGGAAACAAGCACCAUGGGGGAGAGUGGGGAGUACAAGAUGGUUUUGGUGGUCCGUAAUGAUCUGAAGAUGGGGAAAGGUAAAGUGGCAGCCCAGUGUUCACAUGCCGCCGUCUCUGCAUACAGGCAAGUCCAGAAACGCAAUCCAGAUCUGCUCAGGCAGUGGGAGUACUGCGGGCAGCCCAAAGUGGUUGUCAAAGCGCCGGAUGAGGACUGCAUUAUUGACCUGCUGACACAUGCCAAGGAACUGGGAUUGACUGUGAGCUUGAUCCAGGAUGCAGGUCGUACGCAGAUAGCACCAGGGUCACGUACCGUCCUAGGCAUUGGACCAGGCUUAGGAACACUAGUGGACAAAGUUACAGGACAUUUGAAACUUUAUUGAAACGUACUGAUGCUGCAAUCAAGUGGGCAGUUAAAAGGGUAGCUGGGUCUCAAACUAAAUCCCAACGCAUUGACUCCAAGAUCUUAUUUGUAAGUCUAUCCAUAUUGAAUAGGGUAUUAUGUGAUGCAUUGUAUUUCUUCUUAUGUUAAUGAGACUGGAGUGAAUGGAAGUGGCAGAGGAGGUAUAGCUGAUUCUACUAGCACACUCCGUCAACAAAAAUGGAGCACAUGCAGAUUGCUGGUGAUAUUCAGAUGUGCAGAGGUUCAGCUGGGGUCUCUAAUUGAAAACCUUCACCCAACUUAAGGUAACUGAGUGAGUGCUGACGAAUGGGAUAAAUGGAAGUGCUUCCCUCAACAAAGCUUCUAAAUCCUAAGUACUUUUGCUAGCGAACAUUGGUAAUGCAUCAGCACCAGUAAAGCUCUUGAUAGAGGGCUCUUUCUUGCAUCGUCCUCCCUUUUCAGUCUGUUCACCACGGGAAGCGUACAACAGUGAUGUAUGUAAUACACUUAGAUGUACAAAAUUUCGAAAAUGAAUUAAAACCAGCCUUGUAUGGUGAAUCAA